AUGGUAUUCAGCGGCACCUCGUCGUCUGACCAGCCAUCCGUUGGAGCCACACCCAACUGCACCUUGGUUUUCGCCAGUGGUUCAUUUGUUGGCCGUAAGGUUGGGUUGUCCGGUCUACUUCUAUUGGCUGGUGAGGCUUUGGUGUCUGUUGUGCGUGUGAAUCGCGAUCCCAGUUGGCUACUGAGUCGAGAUGUGAUCAUAACAGCCAGCGGGCGCAGGGUCGGCAUGCAGGCGGAGAUGAUACCGCUGGAAGACUCGAUGAGACACCAGGUGCAGGCAUCUCCCAGCGUCCAGGUUGUAUCCGUUGGAUGGAAUUUAAAGAGAGUGGUGAAUCGAAAUAUACUGGUGAAUACGACGCUGCAUGCGGGUUCACCGACAACUGUCAGUAUGGGUCAAUCUCCGAGUCCGGGGUAUAAGAGAACAGACAAACUGCCCAACAGAAAAAGCCCAAUCACCGACAGACGAUACGCGGGCGAGGCUUGCAAGCCCCAGACUACCGGCACUGGGAGAGACAGGAUCGCGAUGUCGGUCAAAAUAUUGGGCACUGCAUUGCCGAUAAAUGAGCCCUUCAGAUUGAUACAGGUGCCCGGGAGGUUUGGAUGCCAGGCCUUUGCAAUUGGACUACAUUGA